UUCCCGACCGUUACGCCCCUCUCCCCAUUCCCCAGUCCCCCGUCUGGCCGUCUCCCUCCCCAACUAUGCAGAAGAGCGUUGGAGCCAAGCAGCCGACGGCGCGGCGGCGCCCGCUCCGCGUCGUCUCCGCCAACAAGGCGCGCCCGGCACCGGCAUCUCUGCUCCGCAAGCCGCCGCCUCCCGCCGCCGCCGCACCCGCCGCCGCCGCACCAGCCGCCCGGGCUCCCGCCGCCGCGGCCGACGCAGCUCUCGACCGCCUCCUCCUUACCCGCUCCGACCUAGCGGGAAUGGUUUGCCAGAUUGAUGAACUGAUCUCUGAUGCCCUUCGAUGCGAGACCGUGUCCAAAAGAGGGAAACAAGAAAUAGAGUCCUUCAAUGGCUUCUUAUCGGACACUAAUUAUUCCUUGAAGCAAUGGUCUUCAAGGCUGAAGCAGGCACUAGAAACUGGUCCGGCGAAAACAGAAAAUAUCUCGGAACACACACUGGGAACUUGCUCAAAUUCUGCUGCACCAGGAAAUGACAAGUUGAUCUGCAGCAGCAGCAGCAGCAAUUUACCUGAUACAGAUCCGGUAGCAUCACCUUGCAGCAACUUUACUGAGGCUGACAUGAUUGUCUCACCUUCACCACUCGUCUCAUGGCGUACUGGGGCUUGUAUGGUUGAGAGCGGAAAGCAGUUAUUUCUCUUGACACCAUUGCCAAAAACAAAAGCAUGCUCAUCAAGGUGCCCAACAUCAAAAACUCAGAUGAAGACAGCUUCUAGCACGGACCAGUUGAAUCUUCCCACUUUACCUGUUUGGAAGCUAACCAUUUCUGAUGGUGAUCAUCCUGAUCUUAAUCGGAAAAAAGAUGAUCGUCAUCCUGAUCUAGAGCAAGGCAUGAAGGUAAAGGAAGCGAGGACUGUCGCCAUGACACCUCAUGUUGCUACAGCAAACAAGGGCUCACUAGAAGACAGGCUCUGUUCGCCUUGCACUUUCUCAAUUCGGAAGAGCAUGGGAGCACUACCUAGAUCAUGCCUGAAGACAGCAUUAUCUAGUAAGCAGCAGUUCUCUCCAAUACCGGAGGGUUCAAGGAAGGAAGACAUUGACAGCAAUGGACCAACCCAGGGUUACAAACGUUCUGAAUCAUCUGAUGAAGUCUCAAAGGAUCUGGCGUCAAGGUAUGACAUUUAUGGGCUCAAUCAAACUACCAAGAAUACAUAUCGUACAAGAAACGCCCAAGAUACUCUUCAGUGGUACCUGUCACCUCCCAAGACCUGUGUGUUAAUGGAUCUGUCAGAUGAUAAGCCGCAUCCAACUCCAGCUAGAAGUAACACGAAGGGAAAACAUGAUGUUUCAGAUGACAAGCCCAUCCAAACCCCUGCUGUGCAUAGCAAGGCCUUGUUUGGUACCCCCUGGAAAGGCUUGGAAAGCACGAACCUGAAGGGAAGGCAGGCUGGAGAAACUACUCUCAAGAAGGAGCUGUGGACUCGAUUCGAGGCAGCCUCGACCAAUGAGCUGCACUAUGAUAAGUCACUCUUCCAGAAGAUGGACGGAAAGCGUUUCCUGGACAUGCUUGAAGAGGCUUCGUGACUCUAGAAUGUGGAGUAAAGCAAUUGGGUUGGCACUUGGGUAGGGAUUUUUUUGGCAGCAAGAUAUAUGGGACUGGACACUGCAAUUAGACCCUCUUCUCUACUCCGGUAUAGCCCAUGCCAGAGUGUUUAAAGCCAAACCGAACUGCUCAAUGCAUCAUGACUUUGUCUAGUGUUAGGGCACGCACUGCCUUUGCUAGGCUCAGGCUGAGCUUGCGUAGGGCGUGCUGAAUGGCCCCAAAGGGGCGCUGCUAGUCUUGUAGUCCCUCAAUAUUUUGUAAGCUGACCAUAAAACUGAUUAAUCUUUCUUCAUUGUCCGAUCCUGAGUUUAUGUUCUCAAUGAUAUUAUGCUAACUUG